AUGUCGAGUCGUCAAGGUAUGAGGUUAAGCAUUGCCUGGACAGAAAGUGUGCUCACCAAGAGAAAGACGAGGCGCCAGAUCUACUACCCGAGCGUCGACUACGACCUCGAGCCUACCCGCCCCUCCAGGAAGACGGGUCACCUGCCCAUCGCCCCGCACUACCCCGUGGAGGACGCGUCUCACGAGGCCCCGGCGCCUUCGCACGCCCCUCCAGCGCCUGCUUACAAGCCUCCGACGCCGUCCUAUGAGCCCGAACCAGCGUAUAAGCCCCCAGCGCCUGCUUACAAGCCCGAACCAGCGUAUAAGCCUCCUACCCCAUCCUACCGGCCUGAACCAGCCUACAAGCCCCCAGCGCCUGCUUACAAGCCUCCUACCCCAGCCUACAAGCCUGAACCAGCCUACAAGCCUCCUACCCCAGCCUACAGGCCCCCAGCCCCCGGUUACAAGCCCCCUACGCCAGCCUACCAGGAACCUGCCUACAAGCCGAAGCCAACGUACGAGGAACCCCACGGGGACGGACCCUACAAGCACAAGAACACCAUCCCCGGGGAACCUGGCGUCGACUACCCCGUCUAUAAUGAGAUCCCUUACACAAAAUUUACAUGUGCUGGCGUCCCCUACCGCCCAGGCAUGUACGCUAACCCAGAGGCAGGAUGUCAGGUGUACCACGUGUGUGACGACGACAGGUAUGGCCCACAGGGAGCCCAGUUCCUCUGCACUAACGGUACGAUCUUCAACCAGGAGACCUUCAGCUGUGACUGGUGGUAUAACGUGGACUGCGACAAAGCUACUUAUUUCUACGAGCUGAACACCGACCCCGAGCACAACCCUUACUACCAAAAGCCCUACGAGGGACCCCUUCACAUUCCCUCCUACGGACCGGCCGCCCACAAGCCCGAGCCAUACCACCCACCCAAGCCCUCUUACGUCGCCCCUGCCAAGCCAUCCUACCACGCCCCCGCACCCAAGCCCAGUUACCACGCCCCCUCCCCAAGGCCCUCGUACCACGCCCCCAAGCCUAGACCUACUUAUCACGCCCCCAAGCCUAGGCCUACUUAUCAAGCGCCCUCUCCCAGGCCUACUUACCACGCGCCCUCACCUAAACCCACCUACCACGCGCCCUCACCUAAGCCCACCUACCAUGCCCCUGCCCCCACCUACAACAAACCCUCACCCCCACGCCCCUCAUACCACCGCCCAGAGCCCUCAUACCACCCGCCAGCGCCCUCAUACGGUCGAGAGGACCCUGACCCUUAUGAUGCCGCAGCUGACUUCGAGUGGGGCUCCAGAACAUAGAUUAAUAAAUAUAUAAAUAUGAUAAAGGAAUAAUGAGAGCUUGCACUAAAAAAUGGAAAGAGGAGAGUGAAUAAGAAGUGAGCGCGAAUGUAAAGUUUCUGAAUAAUUUUGAUUUUUUAAUGUAUCUACUGGUAUUGAACUGGUCAGUUGAUGAAGAUUCUAUUUAUUUGUGAUAUAUAGUUCUAUACUUUUAAAUAUAUAUAACUAAUGACUAAA